UUCAAUUCCAAGCUGCAUUUAUAAGAUAGAAGUUUUGUCAAACAGUAUUAUAAACAAAUUAAACAAUGGCCUGGCAACCUGACACUUCAGGCCUUGACCAAAUCAUUCAACUCCUAAAAGAAUCGCAGUCACCAGACACAGAAAUACAGCGUAUGGUGCAGCAGAAAUUGGAGCAAUUGAACCAGUAUCCUGACUUCAACAACUACUUGAUAUUUGUUCUUACAAAGCUAACCACUGAAGAUGAGCCAACAAGAUCUUUAGCUGGGCUUAUCCUGAAAAACAAUGUAAGAGCACAUUACACAAAUUUCCCUCAGAAUGUUGCAGAGUUUAUAAAGCAGGAAUGCUUGAAAGCUGUGGGCGAUGCUUCUGCAUUGAUUCGUGCCACUGUGGGUAUCCUUAUUACCACCAUAGCUUGUAAAGGAGACUUGGUUAGCUGGCAAGAUCUGCUACCCACACUGUGCCAACUUCUCGACUCUGAAAAUUACAACACAUGCGAAGGUGCAUUUGGCGCGCUACAGAAAGUUUGUGAAGAUUGUUCCGAGCAAUUAGACUCGCCACAACUACAGGAAUCACUGGAAGUUAUGAUUCCUAAAUUCUUACAGUUUUUCAAACACUCAAGUCCAAAAAUAAGAUCUCAUGCUAUAUCCUGUGUGAACCAAUUCAUUAUCGGUCGAAAUCCAGCUUUAAUGAACCAUGUGGAUGAUUUUAUUCAGGGUUUAUUCACUUUGGCCAACGACGAAAAUGUUGAAGUUCGGAAAAAUGUCUGUAGAGCUUUAGUGAUGCUGCAAGAAGUUAGAAUGGAUAAGCUCAAGCCUCAUAUGAGUAAUAUAAUAGAAUACAUGCUCCUACGUACACAAGAUGAUGAUGAAUCAGUCGCAUUAGAAGCUUGUGAGUUCUGGUUGACUCUUGCUGAACAAACUGUUGAAUGUAAACAGAUUCUACCCCCUUUUUUACCUAGGUUAAUCCCGAUUUUAAUAAAUGGAAUGAAAUAUUCUGAAGUGGACGUCAUUUUACUCAAGGGAGAUAUAGAAGAAGAUGAGAUGAUCCCAGAUAAAGAAGAAGACAUCAGACCAAGAUUUCAUAAAUCAAAAGUCCACAGUAUGCAGAAUGAUGCACAGAAUCAGGAGGCAGCAUGCGAAGAGGAGGAUGACGAUGGACUUGAUGAUGAUGAUUCACUAUCAGAUUGGAAUCUAAGAAAAUGUUCGGCUGCUGGUCUUGAUGUGUUAGCAAAUGUUUUUCACGACGACCUUCUUCCUAAUGUGCUGGAAAAACUGAACGAACUUCUCUUCCACCAACAGUGGGUGAAUCGUGAAUCUGGCAUCCUUGUACUUGGGGCAAUAGCUGAAGGUUGUAUGAACGGCAUGUUACCUCAUUUGCCAAAGUUGGUUCCCUUCCUUACUGAGACGUUGAAUGAUAAAAAAGCUCUUGUUAGAUCCAUUACAUGUUGGACAUUAUCCAGGUACGCACACUGGAUAGUAACUCAAUCCCAACAGAAUGGACAUGAUGCUUACCUUAAACCAUUAAUGAACGAACUUCUUAAAAGGGUGUUGGAUUCAAAUAAGAGGGUACAGGAAGCUGCAUGCAGUGCAUUCGCAACACUGGAAGAAGAAGCUUGUACAGAACUUGUACCUUAUCUACAUUUCAUAUUACAGACUCUUGUUUAUGCUUUCAAUAAAUAUCAGCAUAAAAAUCUACUCAUUCUGUAUGAUGCUAUAGGUACCUUGGCAGAUUCAGUAGGCAACCAUAUGAACAAGCCUGAAUACAUACAAAUGAUAAUGCCACCUUUAAUUGAGAAAUGGAAUAGUUUACGUGAUGAAGACAAAGACCUUUUCCCUUUGCUUGAGUGCUUGUCAUCGGUGGCAACAGCUUUACAAAGUGGAUUCCUACCUUAUUGUGAACCUGUGUUUCGUCGAUGUGUGGGGUUGGUACAAAACACUCUUACACAGAGCAUGUCAUACAUGCAAAACCAAGAAAAAUUUGACCCACCCGACAAGGACUUCAUGAUCGUAGCACUUGAUUUAUUGAGUGGUUUAGCUGAAGGGUUGGGUGCUGGUAUUGAACAACUGGUGCAAUCAAGUAACAUACUUGCACUGAUGUACGAAUGCAUGAGGGACCCUAUGGCAGAGGUCCGACAGAGCUCAUUUGCAUUACUCGGCGACCUCACUAAAGCUUGCUUUCAACACGUAAAACAAUAUAUUGGCGACUUCAUGCCAAUACUUGCACAAAAUCUUAACCCUGACUUGAUAUCUGUGUGUAACAACGCAACGUGGGCUAUCGGGGAAAUCUCCAUUCAACUAGGUCCUGAAAUGCAGCCAUUUAUAUCCAUCAUGCUUGGACCCCUGGUUGCCAUUAUUAACCAGCAAGGGACUCCUAAAACACUGCUUGAAAAUACAGCUAUCACUAUCGGUAGACUUGGUUUUGUUUGUCCUAAUGAUGUAGCUCCAGCGAUGCCACAGUUUACAAGGCCAUGGUGUACAUCAUUACGUAACAUUCGUGACAAUGAAGAGAAGGACUCGGCUUUCCGUGGCAUCUGUGCCAUGAUAGGUGUCAAUCCAGGCGGCAUAGUGCCGGAUUUCAUCUUCUUUUGCGACGCAGUUGCUUCAUGGGUGCAACCAAAACCUGAUCUAAAAGAUAUGUUUCAUAAGAUCCUACAUGGUUUCAAAGACCAAGUUGGUGAAGAAACUUGGACAAGAUUUUCUGAACAAUUUCCACAGCCUUUAAAGGAAAGACUUUUAGCAAACUAUGGAGUUUAAUUAUAACGCGCAAAUCAUCCAGGGGAAAAUCUUGUUGUCACUUGCAGCGGGGGGGUUAGGUUUCGCAACACGGGGAAUCUCUCCGAAAAAACUCACUCUCCGCAGAAGGGGGAUUUUUCGGCAACUAUAGGUAGGGCGGGGUUAGGGACGAUAAAAACUGAGGGCGGGAAUUUCUCUAACAUCGGGUACUGCUUGUGAACAUUAUUACUUCAGUUUCCUAUUAUUGUGCACGUAUUAUUCUUAGGUUUUUAUCUUUUUUUCCUUUUUUUCUCUUGAAUAUUUGCAAAACGCAGUGUGAAUGUAGGCCUGCUGAAAUAUCUCUGUACUUAGUGUGUUAAUUGAAUCAGUAACUUGAAAAAUUCAGAAAACUCGUUCUAGUCUAUUCAAAUUUUACUCUUUUUUUUCUUGUUCAAAGCCAAUUAGGUAUGCAUAAGUGUCAUUCAUAUUGUGUGCCUUAAUGUUUCUUAUUAUGUAAACAAAUCCUGCCAGUGAGUGUGUUGUCCUAAUGAAGCAAAGUUUUCUCUGGUUCUGUUCCAGGAAUGUACAUUUGAUUUAAAAUCUCUAAAAAUGUUGGAAUAGUUCAAAAAGCUGUAAAUUGUGACAAAUAAACCAAUCUAUUGUAAAC